CGGCCAUCUUGUGGGAGAAACCCCAGCGCCGCCUCUUCGCUCGCGUUCUCGCCUCCGCGGCCGCCGCCUCUUCCUCCGCCUCCUCCUUCGCCUCUUCCUGCCUCGUCCCGGCUUCCGCCGCCGCCGCGCCAGCCGAAUCCCAGCCCCGGGGCGAAGCGUCCUCUGGUUGAUUUGCGUGUUCUCACCCCUGCAGCCUCCAGACACGGUGAUCCGGGCGGGCCCCGCAGGAAUUCUGUCCCCUCCGCGGCCUCACACUAGUAUCGCAUGUCCACUAUCCAGAACCUCCAAUCUUUCGACCCCUUUGCUGAUGCAACUAAGGGCGACGACUUACUCCCGGCAGGGACCGAGGAUUACAUCCAUAUAAGGAUCCAGCAGCGGAACGGCAGGAAGACGCUGACCACUGUCCAGGGCAUCGCCGACGACUAUGACAAGAAGAAACUUGUGAAAGCCUUCAAAAAGAAAUUCGCCUGUAAUGGCACUGUGAUCGAGCAUCCUGAGUACGGAGAGGUCAUUCAGCUUCAAGGUGACCAGAGGAAGAACAUUUGCCAGUUUCUCUUGGAGGUCGGCAUCGUCAAGGAGGAGCAGCUGAAGGUUCAUGGCUUCUAACAUGACCCAAAUGCGCGGAGAAUUUCUUGAAUAAUUUUGUUCUCUAAACCCAGUUUGGCUGCCUUGUGCAAUGAUUCUCUGCAGUGAACGGACUUCUCACGUAUUUAAUCACUCAGACUCCCACCCACACCUGCAUGAUUACAGAAAACACGGGGUAUGGAGGCCGGUGACACACAAGAAGAUCGCAGUGAGAUGGUAACACAACCCCGUAGUCACCUUAACAUGUUUCCAAUGGAAAAUAUUUUGUUUUGAGUGUUUUGUUUGUUUAUUGUUCAGUUUCUCUGUCAUCUGAUUAAAUGCUUUUCUGUUGUAUUAAACCCUGUAUGUUGCAGCUUAACAAUAAAAAGACAUCCCUGAACCCUUC